AUGCUAGGAGUAUCCCGUUUCACGCAAGUGAGGCACGGGAUUCGAAGUUCUCUCCUACGUCAACGAUCGAAGAUUAGAGACGCCGCCGCGUUUGCCAAGGAAAGUAGAAUAAAGUGGGCCGGACACGUGAUGCGCUUUAAUGACAACCGUUGGACCACCAGAGCCGUGAGCGACUGGGUUCCCUGCGGUAUUAAGCGCACUUCAAGAAGAUCGCCGACCCGAUGGUCAGAUUUCUUCACAAAGUCCUUCAAAGAAAAAUAUGAUGCUCCUCGUGUCCCACGCGAAAAGAGGAACCACUGGGCUACUCUGGCACGCGAUCGGGACAAAUGGAAGAAUUACUGGCGCCCGCUCGACCAGUUCGAAGAUCAACGGGAGUCAAGGUAA